AUGCCCGAUGAUUUUCCACUCAAACUGUCUGUCAACAUCUCAGAAUGGUAUAAGCAAGGGGACAACAAUGUUGCAGAAACAUAUGCGGCCAUCGUUGCGCUCAAGUAUUUGUUCAACACAGGUCACGGGGAUAAAAAGAUCGAUGUGAAGACCGAUUCUGGCAGUCUGAUAGUCGGUUUGGGAAAGGAGAACAAAGACGAAAGACACGAAUUAAAUGCAAAUGUGGCCACUAAUCACUUUAUUACACAUCAGUGGUGGGAAUUCUCGUACUCGUUGCACACACGAAUCGAGGCA